AUGUCUCAUGGCCUGCUACCCCUGAUAUCCCCCCCCUCACUGCUCCGAAACCUCUCGUCACUCGGCGCUGGAUUCUGUUCUCCCUUCUGCGCAGCUCCCCCACAGCGGCGACGCACGGCUCUGGCCCCAACCCUGUGCGUCGUGGCCGCCAAGAAUCCUAGGGUCACACCUCGUUACCAUGUUUGCGUGGCGGCGGCCGCGACAGGAAUGGGCCAAGGGGACAAGGAGGAGGAGGGGGAAGAGCUUACAGAAGAGACAGAGCCGCAGACGAUAGCGAGGCGAAACACGGAGGAGGCGGCCCCUCGAGCUGCGGAUGGCGAGGUGACGGCUCAGGCGGCGGCCAUGCCUGGGGAGACGGAGGCAACGGUUGCGGCCGGCCAGCAGCAACAAAUGGUUUCGGAGGAAGUGGAGGAGGUUGUGGAGCAGGUCGUUGAGCCACUCACCUUCAGGCUGGUCGCCUCGCGCUCACAAACUUACCUGACGACUACUUUGCCGGGUAAGCUAAUUCUUGGCGGCCUGGCGGUCGCUUUCCUGGGUACUCUGCUGCUAGCUACCUACCGCGCUUGGCAGAAGUCCAACACGGCUCAGGCCAAGCGCAUGCGGCAGAUCGAUCGCAACCGGGACCUGGUGGAGGGUCUUAACAAGUACCUUCUGAACGGGAACAGGGCGGGACUCACGCCGGGGGUGCUCAGGAAGCUGCAACGUGCCUCGGGCUUCAGCGCCGUUGAGGUUUUCCGCAAGUACUUGUGGUACUUGUUGCGGGAACGCAAAUUCGACCAGGGGGCGGUGGAGGACCUGGUGGCCAUGAAGGUAGGGCUGGAGCUGAGCGACGCGGAUGUCGGUGAGGCGCUCCGGGAACGUGCGACCCGCAUUUACGACAAGUACGGCACCCUGAUGCUAAACACCGAGGGCCUUACACUGUCGGGUGCACAGCGCAAGGCCACGUGUACGUCACUCUUCCGGAAGGUGCUCUACCUGGCGGAGUGCGAUCGGUUAGUGGGUCCUGCGGCCAACGAGCCAGGGGGCAGUGGUGCGGGGAGCGUGGCGGACAUUGGCAAGCCGCAGAUCUUUGGUGCCACCAUUGAGGACAUGGAGCGGCUCCGGAUCCGGAACUUGUAUGAAGCAGAGCUGGACCUGGAGGGCAUGAUUGCUGACUCGACGGAUGAUGACGGACCGGCGCCCCCGGCAUCUGAGGGUCCCUCCAAGGCGGGCAGGAGGUGA